AAGUUACACUCCAGUUCUGAAUUCCUCAAUCCUCCCACCGUCCUCCUCCUCCUCCGUCGUCCACCGCUGCGAGCUAGGGUUCCGGUGAAGAAUUCGCACCGCAAUUACCAUCAUCCGCCUCGCAUUUAUCGGCGUUAGCACCAAUGGUGGAGGUAUGGUGGACACUGCUAGCGGCAGCCGUUCCAGUUUUCGCCGCCGGCCAAGCUAUAAGAAUCAAGGCUAAAAACGCAGAGGAGCAAAGAAUCAAAACUGCACGAGGCAGGGAGAAAAACGCAGACGAGAUUUUCGUCUGCGAGAGGGUUUGCACGUCGAAGAGAAUGCUCAAGAAAGUCGGUGCAUUCUCUAAAGAUCCAAUCCCCGAUACGUGUGUCACAGUGUGCGGAGUUUCAGAACUCGAUGCCUGUGCGGACGCGUGUGCAAGGACCGUGUGCGUGAAUCAGCAUCAAGUGCCGAAUUGGAACGACGUUUGCCUUCGGAGAUGUCAGAGCGAGUGUCUCAAGGUAUCCGCUUCUCGAUCUUCGUAAUUUUCAGUUCUUUUUUUUUCUUCUUCGAUUUGUAUUCCUGGGAGGUAUUCGGCAGAAGUUGGAACCUGUCAUUCUUUCGACUGCUUGUUUUUUUCGGUUGAGUAUCGUCAAAUAUAAUGCCAUGUUCUGCUGAGGCGGUUGCUUUUGAGCUUGUUGUAGUGGUUUAAAUGUUUGGAUUUGUAUAAGUAAACAGUUUCUGGUGUGUUAAUAAUCAAUCAGUACUCCCUUCGUUU